AUGGAUGCAGACGCACAGGAUGCGCAUGCCGCGCGCAUCGACACGCUGCUCGCCACGCUCGACGGCGGCGCCGAUGUCGAGCGGCGCGCCUCGGCGCUCUCUUCGCUCGGCGUGGCGCUCGAUGCGGGGCCGCCGCCCGAUGCGCUGGCGCUCGUCGAGCCCGUGCACAAGGCGCUGCGGCAUUCGCAUCCUUCGCUCUUCGUGCCUGCGCUCGCCUCGCUCGCCUCGCUGCUCGAGGCGAUGGACAGCGCCGCGCACCUCGCACGCGCCGUCGCCACGUGGCUGCCGCCCGUGCUGGAGCGCCUCGGCGACGCAAAGGAGCGCGUGCGCGUCGCGGCGCGCGGCGCCCUCGACGCCGUCGUGGCUGCUGCGAUGGGGAAGAUGGGCGCGGCGGGCGUGCAGCGCGGCGAAAAUGCGGCGGCGAGCCUGGAGAGACUGCUGAGGGAGGUGGGCCUGCAGGGCAAGAGUCCGCGCGUCCGAGAGCAGGUCACGCUGCAUCUCCCUAGUCUACGCGCAGCGCACAAGCUGCCCUUGCGUCCGUUGCUUUCACCCCUAGUCGACCUCCUCUCCGACGCCGACGGGCCCGUGCGCGAAGCCGCACGCUCCACCCUGCUCGCGCUCUUCGGGCCCGCCAGCGGCGGCGCAAAGGCAGAUCUCAAGCGCGAGCUGGAAAAGAAGGGCACGCGCAAACAGACGGCCGAUGCGCUGCUUGCGAGUGUGUUUGCCAUGGAGAGCGAGACGGAGGAGGCGCGCAUCGCCCCGAGACAGGCGGCGGUGCAUGCGAGUGCGCCGCCCGGAGCGGUGCCAACGCCCGUCAUGACUGCUGCCGCGGCCGAAGAUGUGCCCAUUGUGCAUAUUGCCUCGCGCCAAGAUCUCGAACGCACCCUCGCGCCGCUGCACGCGUGCUUCGAGGGCCGCGAGUCGGAGCACAACUGGGCGGCGCGCGAGGCGGCCAUUGUGAAGCUGCGCGGCAUACUGCGUGCGCCGGGCGCGGAGGGCAAGCUGGGCGAGGCGAUCGGGAGGGAGGUGAAGGGGCUGGGAGAGGGCAUCGUCAAGGGCGCCUCGACUCUGCGCACCACGCUGGCAAUGCACAGUCUGGCGCUCAUCGGCGAGCUAGCACAGCAGCUAGGCGACGAGCUGCCCGAGUCCGUUGCCGAUCUCUUCCUCACCUCUCUCCUCAAGAUGGCCGGCUUCACCAAGAAGCUCGUCGCCACUGCCUCGCAGCAAGCCGUCGCGUGCCUGCUGCGCAGCCUCGCGUACCGGCACAAAUUCCUCGACUUGCUCUGGGCGCAUCUGCAGGAAAAGACGGUCGCGACGCGCAUCUGGAUGUGCACGCAUCUGUGCACCCUCAUCGAGACGCACGGCGCGCAGCGCAGGCAUGCGCUCGAGGCGCACAACGGCCUCGACAUUCUCGACAGGGCGCUCAAGCGCGCCCUGCCGGACCAGAACAAGGACGUGCGCGCCAAGGCCCGCGAUGCCUUCUUUCACUUCCAGCGCGUCUGGCCCGGCGAGGCGGAGCGACUGCUCGAGACGCUCGACGCCUCGACGAAGAAACAGGUCGCAGCUGCGCUUGCGGAGGCUGGCGGACCCGCCACUGCUCCCUCAAGCACUGUCGGUAGCCCCGCGGCCGCCGGCACCCCAGGCGUGCCGGCCAAAGCUCGCUCGGCUUCCAUUGCAGCGGUGCCACCGGCGCGUCGGCCGGGUGGGCCGUCGAGCGCCAUUCUCGCCGCCAAGCGCGCCGCCUCGGAGCGGCUGGCGCGCGAGCGGCGCGAGGCGGAAGAGGCGGCGCAAGCCGAGGCCGAGGCGCAGGCGCAGCAAGAGGGAGAGGCGCCUGCCGAUGAGGAGGCGCAAGCUGCCGCUGAGGCAAAGGCAGACCAGGCAGCUGCAGAAGAAGAAGCCUACGCUCGCGUCGCCGCCACUCGAGCUGCGGCACGUGCGCCUUCGACGCCACGAGAGCGGCCGCUGUCCUUGCUGGACAGCAGUCCGACUGGCAUUCCUGCUCCGACGACGCGAAGGGGACACGCGCGCUCCGCCAGCUCGUCUUCGUCGCAGCAAGCGACGCCUCGGCUGGGCAGCGAUCCUGCGCCGAGCAGCAGCACGCCCACUGGCGUCGCUGCCGCCACCGCAGCUUCGCGCAGUCGAGCGCCGAGCGCCUCCUCUUCCUCCACGCCGCCCUCGCAUGGCUCUGCCGCUCGUCUGCGCGGCGGCGUCGCGCCUGGCGCCUCGUUGCCUCCGCCUUCCUCGACGCGCACAAGGACAGCUUCGACGUCCUCCAGCUCCGCCUCCAGUGUCUCGCGCCCCACGCGUCUGCGCGCCGCCGCGCAGCAAGACGCAGACGAGACGACGGAGCUGCCCGCUGCGCUCGACGACGAUGUCUCGCUGGAUCUGAUGGCGUUUAGUAGUAGCCCCAUCGCCCCUGGCCCGCGCACGGGCUCGACGUCGGCGUUUGCGCGCAGACAGGCAGUGAGUGCAGAACAGGCGCGUCGACACGCUGCGGCGGCGGCAGACGAGGCGCGGCAGAUGCAGCAUCGGCUCGAUGAGCCUGCGAGCCCCAUCGCUGCUGCUGCAGCUGUGCCGAGUGCCUCGACCCUGCCGCCACUCGACACGCCAGCUGCGAGCGGCACUGGCGCUCCGGUGCCUGGCUCCUCCGCUGGUGCCGAGCCGCCCGGCACGCCGGGCGCGAAGCCGCUGGCGCCAGGCGGCGCAGCGGGCGGCGCCAGUUGGUUCAACAAGCGGGCCGCGCGUCUCGAGAACGGCGGCGCCGAGCCCUCUGCCUCUUCGUCGCCGAUCAAGGCGCGUCCGGAGGCCGCCGAGUGGGUCGCCGCCCUCGCCUCCGGCCAGGCCGAUCUGCGCAUCUUCCGGCGCCUCGCCAAGCUCAGCGCCGACUUUCCCGUGCCGCUCGCGAGCAGCUCGACGGAGGCGGAGGAGGAGCUGACGCCGGGCCUGUACUCGACGAGACUGGAGGCGCGAGAGGCGAAAGAGGCACUGAGAGCGGAGGAGGAGGCAGGCAAGGAGAGAGCCAUCGGUGCUUGGCUUGAAGGAGGACUGUUUGAUAAGCUGUGGGACGCGCUGCUCAGGCAACUCGAGGCAGAACCCCGGAGCGAAGAGCUGCACGCCGCCGCGCUCGUCGUGCUGCAGCGCCUCAUCUCGCACCAGCACGCGCUGCUCGCGGCGACGAACAGGGAGGCGGCGCUGCUGGCGCUGCUCUUGCAGCUGCGCCGCCGGCGGCGCGAGCGCGCCACGCAGAGCGCCUGCGAGGCGCUCGUCGAUGCGUGGACGGCACGGACCGAGCCGAUCCUGGGCCUCGGCACCCUCAUGGCCGCGCUCGAUGCGGCGCUGGGCAAGCGCCGCGCCGCCGCCGCGGCGGCCACGAAUGGCAACGGCAGUGCGCCGAGCGCCGCAGAGGAGGCGGCGCGCGUGCGCGUCUACACGCUGGGCCUGCGCUCCCUCGGGCGCCUGCUGCUGCGCCUGCCGCCCGAGCUCGUCGAGGAGGAGCUGCCGCGCGCCAAGCUGCUCAUCACGGCCGCGUUCGGCGCGCCCGCCGUCGAGCUGCGCCUCGCGGCGACGCAGGUCAUCGUGGCGGCGCAUGCGCGCAUGCACGACACGCCGACGCUCUUCCGCAUCCUCGCGCCGCUCGAGGAGAGCCAGCGCGACCUGCUGACGUACUACAUCUCCAAGAGCACGUAG